AUGAGGCCAAUACUCAUCAGCUGCCAUACAAGACCAGUGAUUGCCGUAAAAUUCAACAAAGACGGCGAUCUUUUCUUCACAGGAAGCUUUGAUGGGAAAGUCUCAGUAUUUUGGUCAGAGCCAGUUGAAAGAUUAGGGACAUUUGCUUGUGAUGGUGCAAUAAAGGCAUUUACAGUCUCAGACGAUUCCAAAUAUAUUGUUAUCGGCACAGCCAUCAACGGAAUCUUUAUUUUUGAAGUGGAAACCGGACUAAAGGUCAAAACACUUGAAUUCUCCAACAAAAUCCAUGUAAGAGACGUCGAUUUCUCAAUGGGCAGUCAAGAAUUCUUUAUGAUCAGCUAUGAAAGUGACGUGAAAAAGCAGUCAGUGGUUUACUCAUACGACUUUGAGACUGUUCUUAACAGAGAACAGCCAGCUAGAAGAGAAAUCCGUAGAAGGGAUAUAGAUCAUUAUUACAGAGGAGCCUGGGGAUACCUAAAUAAAACCAUUGUUCUUGGAACACAAAAUGGGUGCAUUGAUGUCGUUGACACAAAAACCAAAGAACUCUUAUUAAGCUAUCGCCCUCAUACAAACCAAAUAACAAGUUUGGCUUUUUCUCCUGACUACAGCAUGCUCAUUACUGCCUCAAGAGACUGUUUUGCCAAGAUUCUAGACCCAGAAACUCUUAAAGAAAAAAGAGUUUUUAACGCCCAAAGACCAUUGAACUCUGCUAUUAUUUCACCAUUAAUGCUUAAUGAAGGGAACCCUAAAUACCAUUGCUUAGUAGCUGGAGGCCAAGAAGCAAGAGAUGUGACAACCACUGCAACAGACCAAGGAGGAUUUGAAAUAACAUUUUACAAUAUGAUCUUUGAAAGAGAAGUCGGCAGUGUAAGAGGCCAUUUCGGUCCUGUGCACUCAGUCGCAGUACACCCAAGAGGCCACAUGUUUGUGACUGGCUCAGAAGAUGGUACAGCUAGAGUACACAUGCUUGAUCAAGAUUACUUCACCCCAGCAUAUGAUUAA